CGCCCGCGCGGCGGCCGCAAGGUGCCGCGGCCCGCCGGGGGAGGCGGCCGGCGCGUGAUGGCGGACGACAGCAGCGAGCUGCUGACCACGAAGAACACGUUCCUGGACUGCCAGUCCCCCUGGAUGGAGCCCGUGGUGCUGCCCCAGCGUCCCAGCUCCGACCCGGGGGCCUCCACCGACAGCAUGACCAGCGUCCACACGGCCCAGUCCGUGUCGUCCGUGGUCGCCCCGACGAAGCAGAGCGACUCCUUGCAGGGAGCGGCCUCGCGCGCGCGCGACCGCGCCGGGGCGCCCGCGUGCGCUGCGGGGCCUACGGCGGGAGGGCGCGACGGAGAGGCCGCCGCUUUCGUGCCCAUCUCGAAGACGAGGCGCCGCCGCAACCAGCGCAAGGAACGUUCGUUCCCCUAG